AGAGGCCAAUGAGACUUGAACCCCGAGCCUAAGUUGUCACCAGCAGGACUGAUGUGCACACAGAAGGAAUGAAGUAUGGAUGUGAAAGAACGCAGGCCUUAUUGCUCCCUGACCAAGAGCAGACGAGAGAAAGAACGGCGCUACACCAAUUCCUCCGCAGACAAUGAGGAGUGUCGGGUACCCACACAGAAGUCCUACAGCUCCAGCGAGACACUGAAAGCUUUUGAUCAUGAUUCCUCGCGGCUGCUUUAUGGCAACAGAGUGAAGGAUUUGGUUCACAGAGAAGCAGACGAGUUCACUAGACAAGGACAGAAUUUUACCCUAAGGCAGUUAGGAGUUUGUGAACCAGCAACUCGAAGAGGACUGGCAUUUUGUGCGGAAAUGGGGCUUCCCCACAGAGGUUACUCUAUCAGUGCAGGGUCAGAUGCUGAUACUGAAAAUGAAGCAGUGAUGUCCCCAGAGCAUGCCAUGAGACUUUGGGGCAGGGGGGUCAAAUCAGGCCGCAGCUCCUGCCUGUCAAGUCGGUCCAACUCAGCCCUCACCCUGACAGAUACGGAGCACGAAAACAAGUCGGACAGUGAGAAUGAGCAACCUGCAAGCAAUCAAGGCCAGUCUACCCUGCAGCCCUUGCCGCCUUCCCAUAAGCAGCACUCUGCACAGCAUCAUCCGUCCAUCACUUCUCUCAACAGAAACUCCCUGACCAAUAGAAGGAACCAGAGUCCGGCCCCGCCGGCUGCUUUGCCCGCCGAGCUGCAAACCACACCCGAGUCCGUCCAGCUGCAGGACAGCUGGGUCCUUGGCAGUAAUGUACCACUGGAAAGCAGGCAUUUCCUAUUCAAAACAGGAACAGGGACAACGCCACUGUUCAGUACUGCAACCCCAGGAUACACAAUGGCAUCUGGCUCUGUUUAUUCACCGCCUACUCGGCCACUACCUAGAAAUACUCUAUCAAGAAGUGCUUUUAAAUUCAAGAAGUCUUCAAAGUACUGUAGCUGGAAAUGCACUGCACUGUGUGCCGUAGGGGUCUCAGUGCUCCUGGCAAUACUCCUGUCUUAUUUUAUAGCAAUGCAUCUCUUUGGCCUCAACUGGCAGCUACAGCAGACUGAAAAUGACACAUUUGAGAAUGGAAAAGUGAAUUCGGAUACCAUGCCAACAAACACUGUGUCAUUGCCUUCUGGAGACAAUGGAAAAUUAGGUGGAUUUACGCAAGAAAAUAAUACCAUAGAUUCCGGAGAACUCGAUAUUGGCCGAAGAGCAAUUCAAGAGGUUCCUCCCGGGAUCUUCUGGAGAUCACAGCUCUUCAUUGAUCAGCCACAGUUUCUUAAAUUCAAUAUCUCUCUUCAGAAGGAUGCAUUGAUAGGAGUCUAUGGCCGAAAAGGCUUACCGCCUUCCCAUACUCAGUAUGACUUCGUGGAGCUCCUGGAUGGCAGCAGGCUGAUUGCCAGAGAGCAGCGGAGCCUGCUUGAGACGGAGAGAGCCGGGCGGCAGGCGAGAUCCGUCAGCCUUCACGAGGCUGGCUUUAUCCAGUACUUGGAUUCCGGAAUCUGGCAUCUGGCUUUUUAUAAUGACGGGAAAAAUGCAGAGCAGGUGUCUUUUAAUACCAUUGUUAUAGAGUCUGUGGUGGAAUGUCCCCGGAAUUGCCAUGGAAAUGGAGAGUGCGUUUCUGGAACUUGCCAUUGUUUUCCAGGAUUUCUGGGUCCGGAUUGUUCAAGAGCGGCCUGUCCAGUGUUAUGUAGUGGCAACGGGCAGUACUCCAAGGGCCGCUGCCUGUGUUUCAGCGGCUGGAAGGGUACGGAGUGUGAUGUGCCGGCUACCCAGUGUAUUGACCCGCAGUGUGGGGGUCGUGGGAUUUGUAUCAUGGGCUCUUGUGCCUGCAACUCGGGAUACAAAGGAGAAAAUUGUGAAGAAGCUGACUGUCUAGACCCUGGGUGUUCUAAUCAUGGUGUGUGUAUCCAUGGGGAAUGUCACUGCAGUCCAGGAUGGGGAGGUAGCAAUUGUGAAAUACUGAAGACCAUGUGUCCAGACCAGUGCUCUGGUCACGGAACAUACCUUCAAGAAAGUGGCUCCUGCACAUGUGACCCUAAUUGGACUGGCCCAGACUGCUCAAAUGAAAUAUGUUCUGUGGACUGUGGCUCACACGGCGUUUGCAUGGGGGGGACGUGUCGCUGUGAAGAAGGCUGGACGGGCCCAGCGUGUAAUCAGAGAGCCUGCCAUCCCCGCUGUGCCGAGCAUGGAACCUGCAAGGAUGGCAAGUGCGAAUGCAGCCAGGGCUGGAAUGGAGAGCACUGCACUAUUGCUCACUAUUUGGAUAAGAUAGUUAAAGACAAGAUAGGAUAUAAAGAGGGUUGUCCUGGUCUGUGCAACAGCAAUGGAAGAUGUACCCUGGACCAAAAUGGCUGGCAUUGUGUGUGCCAGCCUGGAUGGAGAGGAGCGGGCUGUGAUGUAGCCAUGGAGACUCUCUGCACAGAUAGCAAGGACAAUGAAGGAGAUGGACUCAUUGACUGCAUGGAUCCCGAUUGCUGCCUACAGAGUUCCUGCCAGAAUCAACCCUAUUGUCGGGGCCUGCCGGAUCCUCAGGACAUCAUUAGCCAAAGCCUUCAGUCGCCUUCUCAGCAAGCUGCCAAAUCCUUUUAUGAUCGAGUCAGUUUUCUUAUAGGAUCUGAUAGCACCCAUGUUAUACCUGGAGAAAGUCCUUUCAAUAAGAGCCUUGCAUCUGUCAUCAGAGGCCAAGUACUGACUGCUGAUGGAACUCCACUUAUUGGAGUAAAUGUCUCGUUUUUCCAUUACCCAGAAUAUGGAUAUACUAUUACCCGCCAGGAUGGAAUGUUUGACUUGGUGGCAAAUGGUGGGGCCUCUCUCACUUUGGUAUUUGAACGAUCCCCAUUCCUCACUCAGUAUCAUACUGUGUGGAUUCCAUGGAAUGUCUUUUAUGUGAUGGAUACCCUAGUCAUGAAGAAAGAAGAGAAUGACAUUCCCAGCUGUGAUCUGAGUGGAUUCGUGAGACCAAAUCCCAUCAUUGUGUCAUCACCUUUAUCCACCUUUUUCAGAUCUUCUCCUGAAGACAGUCCCAUCAUUCCCGAAACACAGGUACUCCACGAGGAAACUACAAUUCCAGGAACAGAUUUGAAACUCUCCUACCUGAGUUCCAGAGCUGCAGGGUAUAAGUCAGUUCUCAAGAUCACCAUGACCCAGUCUAUUAUUCCAUUUAAUUUAAUGAAGGUUCAUCUUAUGGUAGCUGUAGUAGGAAGACUCUUCCAAAAAUGGUUUCCUGCCUCACCAAACUUGGCCUAUACUUUCAUAUGGGAUAAAACAGAUGCGUAUAAUCAGAAGGUCUAUGGUCUAUCUGAAGCUGUAGUGUCAGUUGGAUAUGAGUAUGAGUCGUGUUUGGACCUGACUCUGUGGGAAAAGAGGACUGCCAUUCUGCAGGGCUAUGAAUUGGAUGCAUCCAACAUGGGUGGCUGGACAUUAGAUAAACAUCACGUGCUGGAUGUACAGAACGGUAUACUGUACAAGGGAAAUGGGGAAAACCAGUUUAUCUCCCAGCAGCCUCCAGUCGUGAGUAGUAUCAUGGGCAAUGGGCGAAGACGCAGCAUUUCCUGCCCCAGUUGCAAUGGUCAAGCUGAUGGUAACAAGCUACUGGCCCCAGUGGCGCUAGCUUGUGGGAUCGAUGGCAGUCUAUAUGUAGGCGAUUUCAACUAUGUGCGGCGGAUAUUCCCUUCUGGAAAUGUAACAAGUGUCUUAGAACUAAGAAAUAAAGAUUUUAGACAUAGCAGCAACCCAGCUCAUAGAUACUACCUUGCAACGGACCCAGUCACAGGAGAUUUGUACGUUUGCACAAACACCCGCAAUUAUCGCCCAAAGUCACUUACAGGGGCAAAAGACUUGACUAAAAAUGCAGAAGUCGUCGCAGGAACUGGGGGCAGUGCCUUCCGUUUGACGAGGCGAGAUUCCUGGAAUUUCUUUGUCAUGAAUGAGUCCCAGGCUUCUUUAAAAAACAUCACUAAGCAACCCUGUGAGCCCUCACCCUCUUUGGACCUGUUCAACUUUUGUUUCUAUGCCAUGGGAAAAAAUCCUUGCUGCGAGGAAUUUUUGGAGUACCUGCUUCUCUCAAAUACAGGAAUGGCAAUUGAUAAGAAUGGAUUAAUCUACUUUGUUGAUGGAACCAUGAUUAGGAAAGUUGACCAAAAUGGAAUCAUAUCAACUCUCCUGGGCUCUAACGAUUUGACUUCAGCCAGACCUUUAACCUGUGACACCAGCAUGCACAUCAGCCAGGUACGUCUGGAAUGGCCCACUGACCUAGCCAUUAACCCUAUGGAUAACUCCAUUUAUGUCCUGGAUAAUAAUGUAGUUCUACAGAUCACUGAAAAUCGUCAGGUUCGCAUUGCUGCUGGGCGGCCCAUGCACUGUCAGGUUCCUGGAGUGGAAUAUCCCGUGGGGAAGCACGCAGUGCAGACAACACUGGAAUCAGCUACUGCCAUUGCUGUGUCCUACAGUGGGGUCCUGUACAUUACUGAAACUGAUGAGAAGAAAAUUAACCGGAUAAGGCAGGUCACAACAGAUGGGGAAAUCUCCUUAGUGGCCGGAAUACCUUCAGAGUGUGACUGCAAAAAUGAUGCCAACUGUGACUGUUACCAGAGUGGAGAUGGCUAUGCCAAGGAUGCCAAACUCAAUGCCCCAUCCUCCCUGGCUGCUUCUCCAGAUGGUACACUGUAUAUUGCAGAUCUAGGGAAUAUCCGGAUCCGGGCUGUGUCAAAGAAUAAGCCUUUACUUAACUCUAUGAACUUUUAUGAAGUUGCAUCUCCAACUGAUCAAGAACUCUACAUCUUUGACAUCAAUGGUACUCACCAAUAUACUGUAAGUUUAGUCACUGGUGAUUACCUGUACAAUUUUAGCUACAGCAAUGACAAUGAUAUUACUGCUGUGACGGACAGCAAUGGCAACACCCUUAGAAUUAGACGGGACCCAAAUCGCAUGCCAGUUCGAGUGGUGUCUCCCGAUAACCAAGUGAUAUGGUUGACGAUAGGAACAAAUGGAUGUUUGAAAAGCAUGACUGCUCAAGGACUAGAAUUAGUUUUGUUUACUUACCAUGGCAAUAGUGGCCUUUUAGCCACUAAAAGCGAUGAAACUGGAUGGACAACUUUUUUUGACUAUGACAGUGAAGGUCGUCUGACAAACGUCACGUUUCCCACUGGAGUGGUCACAAACCUGCAUGGAGACAUGGACAAGGCCAUCACAGUGGACAUCGAGUCAUCUAGUCGAGAAGAAGAUGUCAGCAUCACUUCAAAUCUGUCCUCGAUCGAUUCUUUCUACACCAUGGUUCAAGAUCAGUUAAGAAACAGCUACCAGAUUGGUUACGAUGGCUCCCUUAGAAUUAUCUACGCCAGCGGCCUGGACUCACACUACCAAACAGAGCCGCACGUUCUGGCCGGCACCGCUAAUCCGACUGUCGCCAAAAGAAACAUGACUCUGCCUGGUGAGAACGGCCAAAACUUGGUGGAGUGGAGAUUCCGAAAAGAGCAAGCCCAAGGAAAAGUUAACGUCUUUGGUCGCAAGCUCAGGGUUAAUGGCAGAAACCUCCUUUCGGUUGACUUUGAUCGAACAACAAAGACAGAAAAGAUCUAUGACGACCACCGUAAAUUUCUACUGAGGAUCGCCUACGACACGUCUGGGCACCCAACUCUCUGGCUGCCAAGCAGCAAGCUGAUGGCCGUCAAUGUCACCUAUUCAUCCACAGGUCAAAUCGCCAGCAUCCAGCGAGGCACCACUAGCGAGAAAGUAGAUUAUGACGGACAGGGGAGGAUUGUAUCUCGGGUCUUUGCUGAUGGUAAAACAUGGAGUUACACAUAUUUAGAAAAGUCCAUGGUUCUUCUGCUUCAUAGCCAGCGGCAGUACAUCUUCGAAUACGAUAUGUGGGACCGCCUGUCUGCCAUCACCAUGCCCAGUGUGGCUCGCCACACCAUGCAGACCAUCCGAUCCAUUGGCUACUACCGCAACAUAUACAACCCCCCGGAAAGCAACGCCUCCAUCAUCACGGACUACAACGAGGAGGGGCUGCUUCUGCAAACGGCUUUCUUGGGUACAAGUCGGAGGGUCUUAUUCAAAUACAGAAGGCAGACCAGACUCUCAGAAAUUUUAUAUGAUAGCACAAGAGUCAGUUUUACCUAUGAUGAAACAGCAGGAGUCCUAAAGACAGUAAACCUCCAGAGUGAUGGUUUUAUUUGCACCAUUAGAUACAGGCAAAUUGGUCCCCUGAUUGACAGGCAGAUUUUCCGCUUCAGUGAAGAUGGGAUGGUAAAUGCAAGAUUUGACUAUAGCUAUGACAACAGCUUUCGAGUGACCAGCAUGCAGGGUGUGAUCAAUGAAACUCCACUGCCUAUUGAUCUCUAUCAGUUUGACGACAUUUCUGGCAAAGUUGAGCAGUUUGGAAAAUUUGGAGUUAUAUAUUAUGAUAUUAACCAGAUCAUUUCCACAGCUGUAAUGACCUACACGAAGCACUUUGAUGCUCAUGGCCGUAUCAAGGAAAUUCAGUAUGAGAUAUUCAGGUCGCUCAUGUACUGGAUUACAAUUCAAUAUGAUAACAUGGGUCGGGUAACCAAGAGAGAAAUUAAAAUAGGGCCCUUUGCCAACACCACCAAAUAUGCUUAUGAAUAUGAUGUUGAUGGACAGCUCCAAACAGUUUACCUCAAUGAAAAGAUAAUGUGGCGGUACAACUAUGAUCUGAAUGGAAACCUCCAUUUAUUGAACCCAAGUAACAGUGCACGUCUGACACCCCUUCGCUAUGACCUGCGAGACAGGAUCACUCGCCUGGGUGAUGUUCAGUAUCGGCUGGAUGAAGAUGGUUUCCUACGUCAAAGAGGCACAGAAAUCUUUGAAUACAGCUCCAAGGGGCUUCUAACUCGAGUUUACAGUAAAGGCAGUGGCUGGACAGUGAUCUACCGUUACGAUGGCCUGGGAAGGCGUGUUUCUAGCAAAACCAGUCUAGGACAGCACCUGCAGUUUUUUUAUGCUGACCUAACUUAUCCCACUAGGAUUACUCAUGUCUACAACCAUUCAAGUUCAGAAAUUACAUCCCUGUAUUACGAUCUCCAAGGCCAUCUUUUUGCCAUGGAAAUCAGCAGUGGGGAUGAAUUCUACAUUGCGUCGGAUAACACGGGGACACCACUGGCUGUGUUCAGUAGCAAUGGGUUUAUGCUGAAACAGAUUCAGUACACUGCAUACGGUGAAAUCUAUUUUGACUCCAAUAUUGACUUUCAACUGGUCAUUGGAUUUCAUGGUGGCCUGUAUGACCCACUCACCAAAUUAAUCCACUUUGGAGAAAGAGAUUAUGACAUUUUGGCAGGACGGUGGACGACACCUGACAUAGAAAUCUGGAAAAGAAUUGGGAAGGACCCAGCUCCUUUUAACUUGUACAUGUUUAGGAAUAACAACCCUGCAAGCAAAAUCCAUGACGUGAAAGAUUACAUCACAGAUGUUAACAGCUGGCUGGUGACAUUUGGUUUCCAUCUGCACAAUGCUAUUCCUGGAUUCCCUGUUCCCAAAUUUGAUUUAACAGAACCUUCUUAUGAACUUGUGAAGAGUCAGCAGUGGGAUGAUAUACCGCCCAUCUUCGGAGUCCAGCAGCAAGUGGCGCGGCAGGCCAAGGCCUUCCUGUCGCUGGGGAAGAUGGCCGAGGUGCAGGUGAGCCGGCGCCGGGCCGGCGGCGCGCAGUCCUGGCUGUGGUUCGCCACGGUCAAGUCGCUGAUCGGCAAGGGCGUCAUGCUGGCCGUCAGCCAGGGCCGCGUGCAGACCAACGUGCUCAACAUCGCCAACGAGGACUGCAUCAAGGUGGCGGCCGUGCUCAACAACGCCUUCUACCUGGAGAACCUGCACUUCACCAUCGAGGGCAAGGACACGCACUACUUCAUCAAGACCACCACGCCUGAGAGCGACCUGGGCACGCUGCGGCUGACCAGCGGCCGCAAGGCGCUGGAGAACGGCAUCAACGUGACGGUGUCGCAGUCCACCACGGUGGUGAACGGCAGGACGCGCAGGUUCGCGGACGUGGAGAUGCAGUUCGGCGCGCUGGCGCUGCACGUGCGCUACGGCAUGACCCUGGACGAGGAGAAGGCGCGCAUCCUGGAGCAGGCGCGGCAGCGCGCGCUCGCCCGGGCCUGGGCGCGCGAGCAGCAGCGCGUGCGCGACGGCGAGGAGGGCGCGCGCCUCUGGACGGAGGGCGAGAAGCGGCAGCUGCUGAGCGCCGGCAAGGUGCAGGGCUACGACGGGUACUACGUACUCUCGGUGGAGCAGUACCCCGAGCUGGCCGACAGUGCCAACAACAUCCAGUUCCUGCGGCAGAGCGAGAUCGGCAGGAGGUAACGCCCUGCUCACAUUGUCCUGUGGCACAACCCGAGUGGGACUCUCCAACGCCCAAGAGCCUUCCUCCCGGGAGAACGAGACUGCUGUUAGAACCCACACCCACACCGCGAAAACAAGGACCGCUUUUUUCUGAAUGACCUUAAAGGUGAUCGGCUUUAACGAAUAUGUUUACAUAUGCAUAGCGCUGCACUCAGUCGGACUGAACGUAGCCAGAGAAAAAAAAAUCAUCAAGGACAAAGGCCGCGACCUUUUGCGCUGGGCCGUCUGCUCCUUUCGAGGCACUGUAUUUAACUAACUUUAAAAAAGAAAAAAAAAACAAUGCAUACAGUGUUUCCAAAUAGUCCCGAAUUGUCGACCUUUGCUUACAAGAAGUAGUCUGUCUGCAUAGGAUGUGAUAGCUAUCUCUGUGCAUUUUACAGUGUGGGGCAAAGUUACUGUUUCUAGACAACCAACUGCUUUCCCUGUGCAGCUUUGCAGAAAGACAUUGGCGCAGUGACGUCUGCGGCGGGAUUUGUUCAUGGGUUUUACGAUGCUAGCGUGGUUUGCCUUCGGGGAAAAAACUGGCAACUAGAAUCCUUGCCACUGAUAAGCAAAGGAAAUCCUGAUUUUUUUGUAAAUUAUGUGAGACAAGUUGUUUAUGGAUUUUUAUAUGAAUUACAAUUUACUGUACAUCAAAUAUUAGUCUCAGAGGAGUUAAUUUAUGUAAAGUGUUUAAAAAGUUUAUACUUAAAAAUAAAAUGAUAAAAACGUGAACUGUGUGACUUUUUUAAAAGGAUUGCACCUUUUGUUAUCUGUUAUAGCUGUACAGUAUAAAUUAUUAUAUUGUAGAGAUAUAACAACUUAUGCCUAUAAUGUCCAGAAGUGUUAAUAUUUUUGUAUUAGGUUGAAAAAAUGUGCAAGCUUCUAUCACUAGAUGGAUAGGACCGUGCAAUUCUAGGUGGGUGGCAAAUCAGAGAGCUCCUUUCUCUUCCCUCUCUCACACAUCAAGCCAGUGUCCUCAGCAUUGUCAACUGAGAGGCACAGCAGACAACUAGGGCUGGUGGAAUGUAAGGGAAGAUUGGAGAAAACGGGAGGAAGGGUUCUCUGGCCCUCUCUCAACCUUGCCCGUCGAUGGGGAGUUGAUAGAAUUAACCCCGGGGUUUUUACUGUUGCUGUUCCAAAGCUCUGUCUCAUGAUGGAGGAGAGACCACAUCAGAUGCUGGGGAAACAGGAGGAGGAAAGGAUCUAAUGUAGUGGUGAUCCUAAACACGUGUCUUAAGAUCUAGGAAAGACAGCAGAAACCGAGCAGUGGUGGGUGAGCAGAUGGAGCCGGUCAGGGUUACUCUGCUAGUUUUGGGUUUGUACCCUUGGUCACCAAGAGGGACAAAAAAGGGAAACAGAAGCUCCUCUAAGCCCACAUGACCAAACCAUCUUGGGGCUGGUUUGAAUGACAGCCUCUGCUCUGUCUCGGGGAAGCCGGGGGUGGCAGAUCCAGCUGGAAGUGAAUGGCAGCCGCGCCCUCCUGCACACAAGCAGCUCGCGUGUGGGAACCAGCCCAGCCGCCAUCUGCACUUCCGUGUCAGCUCAGCCCUGACAAAUCUCUUUCCUGAGCACUAAAUUCAGCCACAAAAAUAUUUUUAGAAGAUAUUUCUCAGUUCAUUGAGCUAUAGUACACACUGUUUUCCUCUAUGUAUAAUGGUGAUAAAAUAUAGCAAGUGAACAUGUCGUAAAUAUAAAGGUUCAAGUGAUGUAUUGAAAAUAAUUUUCUAACUGCUUUGUAUGUAUCACAUACUCUAAAUUGCACAGUAGGUGUGUUUAUUAAACAGAUUGGCUGGGAAAGUUUCAAAAUAGCUACUGAAUUUACAGUAUCAGUGCUAUUACUGUCUUUGUGUAUUUGGUAGAGCAAACCGAAGUAAUUAAUCCUCUAAUGAAUGCUGAUAUUUUAUUAGAAUGAAAGCACAGAUUAGCAUUAAUAUUUUUUAUUCUGGAAAUCCUUUGGCAAGUAUUAGGAAGCCCAAAUUUAGAAAACUAUGAGAUUUCAAACCACAUAAACAUGAUUCUGUUUUCCAUUUUAUUUUUUAACUGUUAACUUAGGUAUUUGCAGUUCUGUUCCGUGAAACUUCUGCAGGCCUGUAUUUAGCAUGCUGUAAGUACUUUUGGGUGAAAUAGGCUCUGAGUCUAAAUUCUCAGACAUGUUUCUGAUGUAGUACCAUGAAAAGCUUGUGCCACAUGACAGAAGUGAAAUCACAGUCUUAACCUCUUCUUGACAUGGACUGGUCUUCACACAAGCACCAAUAAAUAACAGAUUUGGAGUAUCUCCUGGUGCUUAUUUUAGAUGAAGUCAAAUCAACCCAAUUAGUGUCUUGUUAGUAGGUAUAAUGAGCCUAUUUCUUUCUAAAAAGACUUGUGAUCUGGACAUGCUUUUACGAGAAAUAGUGACCUUGGGGAAUAUGUAAACAAAAGACCUUUUUCUAAGAGUUGGGAGGGGGUGGGGGACUGUAUAAUGAAAAGAAUUAGCUUACAAAAAAGAAAUUGAUAUUCAAAGUAUUUUAGGCAAAGCCAGUCAAAAUGCUUUCAUGAUAUUUUGAGAUGUAAAUUUUGUCUGAUUUGUAUUGUUCUUUUCAUUUGCCUUCUUAACUUUAUAUGUGACCUGAAUUUUCCAUAACUUGAUGACUAUAGAUUGCAUCUAGGCAUUCCAAUAAAAGCCAACCCAA